UCUGCGUCCCAACCAGGAGCCAUAUAUCUUUUUGCAACUGUUGGUUUCCCUUUUGAGGACUCACAGAAGAUAUUUUUUAUUGAAACCUUUUGUUGACACUAAUACUUCUCCGAGUCUUCAGCUGUCAGUUGCAGGUGCUCUGUGGCUGUCAGGAUGCAACAGCUGGUGUUCCUCUGCUCCACACUGCUGCUUCUAGCAGUUGUGCCCUCCGUGUAUCCACAGUCAGAUUGUUCUCAAGCUGAGUCAUGUGACCUGUGCGUUGGCAACUCCAUUUACAACCUGACGGGCUGCGUCUGGAGAUUUUGUCCAGAUGGUGAAGAUACGGGCACGUGUGUGGUAGAUGAGGGCAUGGUAGCAGACACUCGCUUGAACUGCAGCUGGACUAGAGUCACUGAAUUGUGCACAGUGAUAGAGACAGUAGCUUUGGACGAAGGUGAUGGUGGUGACUCAGGUGGUGAAAAAAAUGAAAAUGACACACCAAAGUUAUCCCAGGCCAAGUUUGACAUGUCCAGCUUCAUCGGAGGCAUAAUACUGGUGCUGUGUGUGCAGGCAGGAGGCUUCUUCGCAAUGCGCUUCCUCAAAUCCAAAGAGCAGAGCAGCUAUGACCCCAUAGAGCAGCCACAGUGAGGACAAGAAGCAGGACGGAGAGGACGGAGGAAAAGCAGAGCAGUGACUCAUCAAGUUCUGACGACAAGCGUUUUUUUUGUUUUUUUUCUGAGUCCCUGUCACUUUUGGUUUGGUCCCCAUGUGUUCCCCUGGGGGAUGGGUGUGUUUAUGAGAGGACAUUUUUCUCAGAAUACCGCAUUAUGUAACGAGUGUCUGUGCAUGUGUUCAUUGUGUUUGUAUAGUAUUUAUAUUCCAAAGGCUGAUGAACAACAAAACGGUUCUGAUUUUCUCAGUCAGUGUUCCUGCACCUCUUCUUAAGUCAAAUUCAAGCACAUUUUAAAGCAUCUUCAAGGUACAUUUUCAAUCUUUUGUUCAGUUAUAUACAGUACA